AUGGGCCCACCCACCUCCAUCGGAAAUAAUAUCCCUCCCAGCCCAUCCAUCAACAUCAAGGAUAUACAUCACAUCAGCCCAUCAUCCGCUGGCCCAUCUUAUAUGGGAUAUUAUUUACCAGAAGAUCUUCAAGAUCGAUAUAUGGAUAUAUUUGGUGACCGUACUACUAGUCAAGUGUACACACACUGUAAACGCGAACUGAUGCAAGCAAUAUGGGCUCUGCUGCUGGAUGAGAAGUUCAUAGGGACCAUCAGGAGGUUUAAUUCUAAUGCAUCAUCAAUGAAGCAUCUGGCUGCAUGUGAUUUUGAGGAUCUUCUACAGUGCGCACUUCCAGUCUUUGAGGCCUUACUUCCUGGACGGCAUGCUAAGAUUGUUCAAGAUCUCCUUUUCAAUUUAGCAACUUGGCAUGGAUAUGCAAAGUUACGGAUGCAUACUGAGGAUACCCUUAAGUUCUUCGAUAAAGCAAUAAUCAUCCUAGGACAGACUGUCCACAAAUUCGCCCAAAUGACGUGUAAGUACUAUAGCACUACAGAACUACCUCACAAGUAUGCAUCACAUGGACGACAGGAAGCAACAUUAGCUUCCAAGCAGGAAUCAACCUCGAUCAAGGCAGUUCCAUCCGGGCCGAAGCGCAAGAAAUUUAAUUUGAACACCUACAAGUACCAUGCCCUUGGUGAUUAUCCAGAUUCUAUCCGACAGUUCGGUACUACUGAUAGCUACAGCACCCACCCAGGUGAACAACAGCACCAGCAUGUUAAACGGGGCGAUGAUCCUUGCGCCUUUGGUUUCAUAGAUCCUGAUGUUGUCAUCUGGGGUACACACCUAAUACCAGCAUUUGAGAAGGAUUUACACAAAGAUUGGUUUUAUUUCUAUGUAAACAUGGAUAUGUUCAUGCAGUACCGAGGGGGUGGCAUCGGUCACAAGAUAUCCCGCAGGUGGGAUGAGUUUUUGCAGAGUGAUGGGCCUAGUAUGGAUCAUGUAGAAGAGGAGGGGGACAGAGAUGAGAAUGAAGAGGAGGAGGAUGAGGAGGAGGAUGAGAACGAAGAGGAGGAGGAAGACAGGAUAGAAGCAGAUGAGGGAGAAGAAUUGGAUGAUGACUUUCUUGCAGCAGAGGGGCACUCCGAAACGCUCCACCCACCGAACAGGAAGGCGAAAUCUGGCUUGAGUGGUCUUUCGUCGACUUUUGGAAAUAAAAUCAAUCAUUAUGCCAUCCAGAUGUGUCUGAAAACGGACCACAGCACUCUGCCUUUUUCUUUAGGUUCAAGUGCAGAGUCCGCGAUGCUCAUCAAUUUCCUCAAAGACGCCAUUCGUUCUCAGGUGCAGGAGAUGGACUCGGACGCGUUGCAACUUUAUCUCAAGGAGCUAUCGGCCACUGAAGUUCGUCCAGCACUUAAUACAUCUGUCUCAAGUUUGACACAGUCGACCGAACCUUCCGUCGUUGCAACACCUCAGACCAUACAAAUUCCAGUCCCCUUCAUAUCUGACCAUGACGAAGAGGUGGUCACGCCAUCUGUGCACCCGCACUCUGCCAUCCGAUUUUUAGAACUAGACAGAUUGCGGCCAGACGUAUCAGCUGAGGCAUGCAAGCCAAGAGCUCGUGCUGAGAAGAUCCGCGCCAUGUAA